AUGCCAACACUAACACAAUACUUCUCGCCUGAUUGGGUGGUUGAACAAAAUAGAUGCAAUAAUUAUUCCAAACUUGUUUGUAAUCAAUUCAAUGGUCUAAUUGAAAAUAAAGAAAAUUCAUUGAUUGAUGCAAUUACAACAUCUCUUAAACCAAUUACUUCUGAAGAUAUUGAGUAUCUUGAACCAAAAUCAAUAGCAUCGUUAAUUAUUGAUUUUAUAUUGACAUUGAAAGAAAAGAAUCUUCUACCUUGCAUCGUUUUCUCGGAUAGUCGAUACUUAUGUGAACGUAUGGCUACAACUGUUGCUAAGUAUUUCGAAAAUUUAGAAGCUCAGUUAAGAGAAACAAAAUAUAAAAAUCAAAUUGAAACAUUAAGAAAACAUGUAAAAAUAAUAGAAAAAAUUCAAAAUAAAGUCAAGUCAAACAAACUAUCAAAAUCUAGGAAGAGAAAUCAGGAUCUUGAAAUGCUAGAAGAAGAAAUAAAUAAUCAAACAACACUUUCCAGACAUGAACAGCAAUUAUUAUAUGGCAUUUUGGAUGAAAGCACUUUAGCAAAUCGAAAUGGAUGUGAUCGACAAUUAGUUGAUGCUAUGUUGAAACGAACAUCGAAGGAAAAUCCAAGAUUAGUCGGAUACAUGCGACGAGGUGUAGCGUAUCAUCAUGCUGAAUCAAAUAAUAAAGGUCGAAUGGCUGUCGAAGCACUUUUCCGUAAUCGUUAUGUUCAAGUAGUUUUCUCAACAGCAACGCUUGCUUUGGGUAUUCAUAUGCCAACAAAAACAGUUGCUUUUGUAAGAGAGUCAAUCUAUCUUGAUGCUUUACAAUAUCGACAAGCAUCAGGUCGUGCUGGUCGUCGUGGUUUUGAUGUUCAAGGUCAUGUUGUAUUUGUUGAUAUACCAUUAUCAAAAGUUAGCCAUUUGAUUACAUCAGCUAUACCAAAUAUCCGUGGACAUUUUCCCACAAAUGUGACGUUUCUCAUGCGUUUGCUUCAGUUACAUUCAAAUGCGGUAGAUUCUAAAAAUGCAAUAAAUCGAUCAUUAAUUGCAUUACAAUAUCCUUUGAUCGCACAACCACCAAUAAACCAUAACUUAAUUGAUGCUCAAACACGUCUUCAUACUUUAUUUACAUUAGAUUUUCUUUAUCGCUUGAAUUUACUUGAUCGUCAUGGUAAUCUUAUUGGUUUAGCUGGUCUUUUAACACAUUUACAUUAUUUUGAACCAGCAAAUAUUGUGCUUGUCUAUCUGAUGGAUACACAAUAUUUUCAUCUAGUUAGUGAUAGCAUUGAAAUUAUGACUACAUUUGCUUACCUGUUCACUUAUAUGCUAUGGUUAAUUACACGCAAAGAAGAUGCAGAAUUAAAUGAAAAACGUCAAGAAAAUAAAUAUAGUUCGGAAUUAUUUUUACCGCCGGUUUCUCAAGAAUUUCGAAAACAUGUUGAUACGUAUAAUUCAAUUGUAAAAGAUGUCUAUGAAUGCUAUAUUGAAAAUAUAACAAAAUAUUUACGUUCAAUGAAUACUGGUCAAGAAGAAGUUUUGCCUUUGUCAAAUACAUCAUUUGCACAACAAUCGAAUUAUGAUAAUGGAACAUUUGAAUAUAAUUUGCAUUAUCAUCAAUCACAACAAAUACAAAAUCUAUCAAUAUCUCCAUUUGCUAGUCUGUCUGGUCUUACACAUGAAUUUUUUAUGUCACAUUACAAUUCUACGAUUGGUUCGUGGGAUCUUGCUUAUAAUCUUGAUUUAUCAUCAAAAAUUGUUCCAUAUGUGGAUAUUGAUUGUCGUGAUCAUACAAAUAUAGCAUACUAUUUGAAUAGUUAUGGAUUAGAUUUUUUUAAACAAGGUUCAGAAGCAUCCUUGAUUACAGAAAAUGGAUUGAGUCGUGCUGAUACAUAUGAUCUUCUAUUUAACCUCCAUCUUGUACUUUCAUCUGUUAAAACAUCAUUAGAAGUAAUUAUUGAAAAUGAAAAUCAACAGACUACAAUUAACGAUUUAGCAAUAUUUCUUCCGUUGUAUAAAUCAUUAUCGAACAUACAAAACAUAUUUGCAAGAAAUUUUAAGAAACAAUAUCCUAGUCGAAAUCAAAUUUAA